AACAAGAGGGCAAAGGUCAACGCAGAGCCAUUAACCCUUGCAUGGCCGGGAUCCAGCUUUUGAAUUUUACUGGGUGGUUGACUAAAUGAAAAUGAACGAAAGCAAUGGAAUCUAUAAUGUUAAUAUUUAUCAUAGCUAAGGCUGAUUAGCAGAAGCAUCUUAACAAACAUAUGACGGAGUUGCUUUUCUAAAAACAGCCUGACCCUGUAAAUAAGGGUUGUUAAAAUCUCACCCAUUAGUUUUUAAAGUCUGUUCCCAAAGUGUUUACAGAACCCUCAUUAACGACAAGCUUCCUCGAGAUAACAUAAAGCAUCAACAUCAGUGUCAAAGAUAAGAAGAGCUAUGCUACUCUUUUGGUUUCCAGAGCGUGUGGGGCAUGGGAGUCGACCUGAGGUUCACUCGAGGAACCCCGAUUUCAAAGGAUCGUCCACAAACGAAAGUCAGAUGUUAAACGUGCAGCGGAAAGUCACCUAUCCGUUUUAGAAACUAGAUGAAGAUGCAGGGUUUACGAUAUCUGCUCCUCCUGAUGUCCGUCUAUUUUGCUACGUCGGUUGGGCUUUGCGAGGGGAAAUCUUUAGGAGAUAUCGGUAGUUUGGAGGACACACUGUUCAUUCAAGCAGAAGAACGAAGCCUUGACGAAGAACAUGACUUUAACUCCAAACUGGAGGACUUUUUGGGCUUCAUGAAGGAAGAUUUUUUGAGGAAGUUGAAUUUAUCAAGCGUGCCGCGAGAACAACGCAAGGUUCAGCCUCCUCAGUUCAUGAUCGAUAUCUAUAAUAAAUAUGCUUCUGACAAGACUUCCAUCCCUCGGUCGGAUGUCAUCCGAAGCUUCAUCAUACAGGAUGUUAUUUAUUCCGUUAGACAGGGCAACAAAACACAACACGGACUGCUAUUCAACAUUUCCAUCCCAAAUCACGAAGAGAUCACAUCAGUCCAGCUGAGGCUGUACACUCUCUCGGAAAGAAGUAAAAACACCUGCACUGACCUCUUCACAUCCAUCAAUGUUUAUGAUGUAGAUUACCAGCAGAAUGCAAACAUUUUCAAUCUUCUAGAUGGGAGAGACGUGACUGAGGGCAAAAACACUUGGGAGGCGUUUGACGUGACCAGAGCCGUCAGGAACUGGCACGAAUCUGGACGUGGGGUCGGCGAACUUCAGGUGGAGGUCGAACAGGACUGUGAAUCGCUUGAUAUAAGCCUGGGUUUGGAGGACAACAGCUCGGCGGUCGUAAUAGUAUUUACAAACGAUCUCGGGAACACAAAGCGAGAGUCGAUGAAAGAGAUGCUUCUUCAUGAGAAGCAGCGGGUGUUUUGGGGCAAUCGUGUUCCUGUGAACCAGCACUACAGGAAAAAGAGGAGAGCAACAAACAAUUACUGUCGGAGAACUUCUCUGAAGGUGAACUUCAAAGACAUCGGGUGGGAUAAAUGGAUCGUGGCCCCGCCCGAGUAUGACGCUUACGAGUGUAAAGGCGUGUGUUAUUUCCCCCUGACAGAUGAUGUAACCCCCUCUAAACAUGCAAUCAUCCAAACUCUGGUUAACCUGAGCAAUCCCAAAAAGGCAAACAUGGCAUGUUGCGUCCCAACCAAGCUGGACCCGAUUGCAGUCAUGUACCAAGAAAAGGGCGUCCUCACGGUCCGACACCUCUAUGAGGAGAUGAAAGUAGCAAAGUGUGGAUGUAGGUAGUUUUGCUUGCUUACCCGUGAAUCUGUAUAAAAUAUCUUAGUUUAAUCAUUCCCAUCUGUGAAAUGUAAUCUUGGAAAUAAUAGUCCUAAAAGAGGGUUGUGAGCAAUGCAACAAAAGAACCAUAUUGGGUUCCCCAAAGAACCAGAGUUUUUAAAAGAAGCAUUUUAAUAAUCAGAAGAACCUUUUUCCACUAAGAACCUGUGGAGCCUUUCAUUGCACAAAAACAUCUGGUUCAUUUACUUUAGUUUGCAUGAACUAAGAAUGAAAAAAGCAUUUAUUAAUCUUAGUUGACGUUCAUUUCAACAUCAUGCAUUAUUAAAAUCAAUAUUUGUGGUUGUUAGCAUUAGUAAAUGCUCUGUGAAUUAACAUGAACUAACAGUGGACGACUGUAUUUUUAUUAACUAACAUUGACAAGGAUUAAUAAAUACUGUAAUAAAUGUGA